UUGUUACAAAGCAAGCGAUGGAAGGCCGACAAAAGUUGAAGACCUUGUGUGAAACAAGGUGGACGAGCAGGGCAGAUGCGCUUCGUACAUUCAAGAAUGCCUACCGCGUUGUCUUCCAUGCCCUUUAUCAGGAAGCUGUGACCUUAGCUGACGAGUACCAGAUUUACCCAACAGUGCCACGACAAGCAGCCAGACAGAGGAACAGGGCGAACUAUGGUGUACAGGACCCGAGUCGGUAUUGGAAAGUUUCCUUCUUCUAUGUUUUUGUUGACCACCUGCUUCAAGAAAUGGAUACCCGUGUCCUGAAGAAUGAAGAGCGCUUCCAGGCUCAAUAGUUAAUUGCGACCAAAUUUGAAGGUUUCCAGCCGGCCAAUGUGGACAGGAUCUACGAGGCCUAAGAACCAGACAUAACCAAGACUCAGCAAGAGUUCAGCGAUGAAGGAAGGAGGUGGAUUCUGCGAUAGCAGGUGAAUGUUGCCUUCGACACUGCUGGCGACACUCAACAAGACAUCGGAGGCAGCUUAUCCCUGCAUAUACAUUAUACUGCAGAUACUGCUGACCAUGCCUGCCACAUCCGCCUCAUGUGAGCGCUCCUUCGGUUCCAUGAGGCGUAUCGAGACAUUCGUUCUACAAUGACCGGCGAGAGGCUAUUCUCACUUGGCGCCCUCCAUAUUCAUCGCGAUGUUGAGAUAGACAUAAAUAAAAUCAUAAACACUUUUGCUUCAGUCAAAUGCAGGAACUUGGAUUUCUUUAAAAGACCCUCGAUAUAUCAUCGUAAAUAAAACCAACUGGACACGCUUGUUUAACCAUUACAUAUUUUCCAUUUUGAAGCUUGUUUGACAAAUUGGUAUCAAAGCUUUGUAUUUCAGUUCUGUUACUGUACAUCAUACGUAAAACAAAAAUAAAUUUUAGUCAAGUGCAUUAUGAUGCUAUUUUUGAUGACUAAAACGGCUCCAGAUACACGCCAAAUCGCACCAUAUCGGAUCUAUUGUUUAAAAAAAUCUCAGGGGAGGUCCCCCAAACCCCCCUACCAAGUGGGCCUAUACUUCAUAAUAGGCCCAGCUACGCCCCUGAAAGUGGUAUAAAUUACUUUAUAAUGUGUUACAAUUUUUAUAAUUAAAUCAAUCAUAGAGGUAGCAAAAAAAGGUUUCUUUAGGAUUAAGUUUAUUUUCUCAGUUCUUAUAAUAAAUUUAUUAUUUUUCAUAGCCUUUUUUUAUUUUAUAUUUAUUUUUGCUCUGCAAAUUUUAUCCGAGUCAACUGCCUUGGUGUGCCUCAGUAUGGCUAUGGCCCUGAGAACAUUCGGUUUAUUCUGCUGAUAUUUUGUUAUUGUUAUUAAGGUAUUGUCACACAGUCAGGAAGAUAUAUAACAGCAGUUAAUCAAUUGUUUUCUCAAAAGCUAAAUUGUAAUAUAAGUGUGGGAUAAAUAUCAUGGGUUAAAUGUACUUUUGUUCCGGACAUGUUUUUUUACUUGUUGAAUAACGAGUUUAUCAUGGAUACUUUAUUUCUUCACUUGAAAUUCAAUGUAAUUAGAUCAGGCAAUGUUGUCUUCAUGUUCUGGAGGAAAUGCUGUUGAAAUGUCUUCAUGAAAUGUUUUCAUUGUGUAAAUUCAAUAUCAUUAAUGUAAAUUGGAUUCUUGCUGGGUGUCAGCUCAAUUUCAAAUGCUCAUUAAACAUUCUGCUGUACUGGCAAAACCUAGUUGUACUUUUGUUGGAGCAUUCAUCUUUCAUACCCUCACAGUGUUUUUUUCCACCUUCCACCAAAAAGAAACACUGCCUUACCUUAAUAGAGAUAAAGUGGGAAUGAAGCGAUCUAGUGGUACGAGUGUCUGCCUCCUGCCCAAACAGUUCUUGGUUUGUUCAUUCACAGAGUGUUUUCUUUUUAAUAUGCAUGUAGACUUAUUUACUUGUUCCUAUGUGAAAGCUGAGGUCAGACAAGACCUACAGGUGGUUCCAUAGAACCUUGGGAACUAUACGGGCUUUAGACCUGUGGGA